AUGGCAAAUGCAUUCUUCUCGUCCACACCACUUGAUUUCGGAAUCCCAGGCGGUUUGAGUCCCCCCCAGCUUGAAGAAUAUGACAAAGAAGAUACAGUAAUGUUCAAUGUUGGCAAGGGAAACCAUUUGUUUGGUUUAGAUGAUGAUCAGUUGGGAGAAAUGAAUACUCUUUCUUCUGAACAUGGUUUCUACCAAGACAACAAGGCCAAGAAAGGAGGAGUUGUAUCCUAUUUGUCAAAAGAUCAAAACCAACACCAUGAUCUUGACCACCAACAGCAGCAACAGCAAUCCAAGCCAAACUUUUUGAUUUUGGAUAACUUCAACUUCGAGACCGUUUCUUCUCAACAUGGUUUCUAUCAUGGCAGCAUGGCCGGAAUGAAUGACCAACAACAACAGCAACAGGUCAAGUUGAGUUCUUCAUGUUUGGAGAAUUACAGCAGCUUUAAUUUUAGCUUCCAGUCAGGACAAGUUACACAACCAGUCAAAGAUGGUGCUCAGUUUAGGCAGAACCAUUGCUCAGAUAUUGUUGAAGCUAACAAGCAAUUACCGCCUCCUCAAUCUUCUAUAGCAACACUGGAGCUCCUAAAAAGUUAUGGAAGCGCGUUCAAGAUGUUAAAGAGGGAAAGACAAAGUAGUAGCAGGACAACUAGAGGCAAUGAAAUUGAUCAAAACAACAACUAUGAUGUUAAUGGUACACAAAAACUGUCAACCGAAGAGGUCAUGAGGGUUGCAGGAGCAAGGUAUGUGCAAUUCUCUAGUCAGGGGUAUGAAGACUUUUACAUGCCUAUGCACCAUUUUGGCUAUGCGCUUUCAGGUCUUUGCGAAGAAGAAACGAAAGAUGUAGAAAUUGCUCACUUACUGUUAGCUGCAGCAGAGAAAGUAGGCUACCAACAAUUUGAAAGAGCAAGCAGAUUGCUUCUGCAGUGUGAAGGGAUUGCAUCCUUCAAAGGCACUCUUGUUCAAAAAGUUGUGUGCUACUUCGCUGAGGCGCUUCGUGAGAGGAUUGACAUGGAAACAGGAAUGUAUUCAUCUAAGGGAAAUCAAGAAAUGUCUCAUUAUGUACAGGGUUUGGGAUCAAACCUUGCAUACAUCGCAUGCCACCAAGAAGUCCCUUUCCAUCCAGUACUGCAGUUCGCGGCAAUCCAAGCCAUGAUAGAAGCUGUUGCAAAUGAAAGUAGGAUCCAUGUGAUUGAUCUUGAAAUCAGGUUUGGUGUGCAAUGGACAGGGUUUAUUAAAGCACUGGCAGAACGAAAAAAAUGUCCGGUUGAGCUUCUAAGUAUUACUGCUGUGGGAGUUAGAGGCAAACAGAAUAUAAAGGAGACAGGGAAGAGGCUGGCAAGUUUGGCAAAGUCCUUGAACCUACCCUUCAAAUUUAAGGAAGUUAUUGUAUCAGACAUGAAAGACAUCAAUGGCCAUUUUUUCAAUGAAAUCAAAGAUGAUGAAGCUCUUGUUGUGUAUGCGUCAUUUGUACUGAGGACAAUGAUACCAAGGCCCAGGUGCUUGGAGAAUUUGAUGAGGGUGAUGAGAAAUAUCAACCCUUCUUUGAUGGUGGUCAUUGAAGUGGAAGCUAACCAUAACUCACCCUCAUUUGUGAACCGUUUCAUUGAUGCAUUGUUUUACUAUAGUGCAUUUUUUGACUGCCUUGAAAAUUGUAUGAAACAUAACAAGUACAGGGUUAUCAUGGAAGACUUGUUACGCAAGGGAAUCCGGAACAUAGUGGCUGCAGAAGGGAGGGAAAGGGUUGUUCGGAGUGUGAAGCUGGAUGUGUGGAGGGCCUUUUUUGCUAAGUUUGGAAUGGUGGAAACGAGCUUUAGUAACUCAUCAUUGUAUCAAGCUAGUCUGGUGGCUAAAAAGGUGUGUUGCACAACACUUGAUAGGAAUGGGAAAGGUCUCACUGUUGGGUGGAAAGGAACCCCAAUCCAUUCGCUUUCAGCUUGGGAAUUCCGUUGA